AUGGACACCCCCGAAAAGCCCUGCCGAGUCUGCACGACUACCACAACAAGUCUGCACGACUUCCAGACCCUCAAAAGCUCUGGCUUCGGUACAUUAUCAUCCUCUCCCAAACCAGCAUCAAAAACAUCAAACAAACUCCCAUGUCCACCAGACGGUCCCGCUCUCGGACGCGCGACAUGGACCUUCCUGCACACGAUGGCAGCCUACUAUCCCGACUCGCCGUCCCAGGAACACCGUGGCAGAACAAUAUCAUUCCUAAACUCGUUUUCGCAUCUGUAUCCGUGCGAUCAUUGUGCACAGCAUUUGAGAAAGGAGAUGGAGGUGCGGCCGCCUGAUGUUAGUGGAAGGGUGGGACUGAGUAAUUGGUUGUGUGUGGUGCAUAAUAAGGUUAAUGAAGUGUUGGGGAAGGAGCAGUUUGAUUGUAGGCGUGUGUUGGAGAGGUGGAGUGAAGGGCCGGCUGAUGGAUCUUGUGAUUAA